AUCAGCAACCAAUUGGGAUGGCGUGGCUGCGAAGGGCGGGGUAGGGGCUGACCCUUGGGCUGCAAUGUAAGACUUCUGCCCAACCGCAAGCUGGAGCAGUCUCUGAACAGGCUCUGGGCCUGAGAGCAGCAUGAGGGCGCCUACCUGACGUGAUCCAGGCUGCGAAGAUGCAUGCGUAGACAGCCGGAACGAACAGGCAAAGAUUCGGCUCCCACAGCAGCCUAAUUGUAGCUUUGGUCACUGGCCUCCGCCGCACCCUUUGCCCUCCCUGGAGUGGAGACCAGCCAGUCACCUGCCACAGGAAUCCGUGCCAGAUGCUCUAGGAAGAAAAGAAACAGAAAAGCAAGAAGCAGUAGCAGCUGCAAACAGUGCAGGAACUGACCAGAUUACUAGCCUGAAGGGCAAGGAGCAGCCAUGUCAAGAUCUGUGGGUACAGGAUCCAUCAAGGGCACAGCAAGGUCAAAUUGGCUUGUGAGAGAGCUUGCAGCUCCUGAGGAAGGCACUCAGCCCAUGUUGGAAGAUGGAUGGCCCAGAGACAGAUUUCAACCUUAAAGUCGUCUUGGUCAGCUUCAAGCAGUGUCUCACUGAGGAGGGAGAGGUGCUGCUGGACCACUAUAUCGCCAGCUGGAAGGGACUAGUCAGGUUUCUGAACAGCCUGGGUGCCGUCUUCUCAUUCAUUUCCAAGGAUGUGGUCUCAAAGCUGCAGAUAAUGGAACAUCUGAGGAACAGCCCACAGUAUGAACACUACACUAGCUUGCAGUCCAUGGUAGCCUAUGAGGUGGGCAACAAGCUGGUGGACAUAGAUAGACGCUCCCGUUCCCGAUACCCUAACUCAGGUUGCCGGACUGUGCUGCGCCUACAUCGUGCUCUGCACUGGCUACGGCUGUUCCUGGAAGGCCUGCACACCAGCCCUGAGGAUGCUCGUACCUCCACACUCUGCAGUGAUGCCUAUAAUGCCACACUGGCUGCCUAUCACUCCUGGAUCAUACGUCAAGCUGUCACUGUGGCUUUCUGUGCCCUGCCCACACGCAAGGUCUUCCUCGAGGCCAUGAAUGUGGGGUCCUCUGAGCAAGCAGUGGAGAUGCUGGGAGAGGCCCUACCCUUCAUUGAGCAUGUGUAUGACAUCUCCCAGAAGCUCUAUGCUGAGCAUUCCCUGCUAGACCUACCUUAGUGGUGGUGCCCAUACUGUGUGGGCUUCUCCUGCUCAGAACUGGGCUUGAGCAACCUGGGACUACUCCCACAGCAGUGCUUUCUGGAAGCUACUGUCAUCCCUGAAAGCUGAACUUGCUGAGAACCACAGGCUGUGAACCAAGUGAGGUGGAUGCUAGUCAUGCUCUUGGUCCAGGAUGAGACACUUGAACUCAAUUUUGCCCUCUACUUUAGUUAUGUGUGUGUUCAGUCAGGCCUUAUUGAAAUCCAGAUGGCAAACAGAGAAGAUGGGGGAGGAGGGUUAUGUUCUACCUCCGAUGUGUGUAAUCUGAAAUGGUAUAAGGGCACAGGACCCUGGAGCUGAGGUUCUGUCUCCCCCACAGUCAACAUGCCCAGCCAAUGUGUAUCCUUCCUGUGCCAAUCUUGAGCCUGAGACAUGGCACCAGUGCCAGGCAAAUAGCCCUGGGUCUCAUAUUCCAAAAGCUGUCCUUGGGUAAGAUGGAUUUCCUUUGGCAGUGACAUGAGCACUGAAGACUUUUCCCUGCCCUUCACCUGCCUCCUUGUUAGCCUCUCUGCAUAUCAAACAGGCCUUUGUCUCCUUGGAAAUGGAAACCAUCUGAAUCUGCUAGCUGAGACUUCCUUAGGAAAACCUGCUCUGGUCAGUGCAGCCUGCCUCAUAGCUUCUGCAGUAUAGUAGCAUCAGCCUUCAGAAGGUGACCUCCUGCAGUGGUGCUCCUGCAGUACAUGCACCCCCAAGAUUCUAAGAUGUCAAUACUAAUUGGCCAAACCAUUGUUUGACCUCUCUCUAGCCAGCCUUGCUGCUCCUGUCACCAUGGUACUCAGGUGACAUAGAUAGAACAGGACUUGUGGAAAAGGGCUAGGCCCCCUUGUCUAGCUGACAGGUGACCAUACCCAGCAUGGAUGAUACCCAGUGCAUAAGACCCUAACCUCUCCCCCUGGGUCUUAAUGUUAAACCCCAGACAGUGUCCCCAGUGUAAGUGAUGUGUAUAAAUGCAAACUUUAGGACAUAUCUCUUUCCUUAAGAACUAUGAUAUAUGUUGUAUUUCCAACAUAAAUAAAUUACACCUACAUGA